UCUGGCAUCCCAAGCCAGUUCUUAACCAUCGCGCCACUCGGCCGGCCCUCAGCAUGGUAUUUCAUGUGUCAACUGGUUUGAUCCUCACAACAACUUAUAGGGUACAUAACAUUAUCAUCUUCGUUUUACUGGUAAAGAAUCCGAGGCCCAGUGAGGUCGAGUAAUCCUCCUAGGACGCACAGCUCAGAAGCAGCACUGUCAUUCCAGGAUUUUGAUUUUGUUUCCAACAUGCUCCGGGGCCGGGGAGGAAUCAGUGGGCUUAGCUUGGAGAGGGAGGAAGGCGGAAGGAAUUGAGAGGAAGAUGAAGCCGGUGCGACCAGCGGGGAAGUGGGAUUCCCCCGGGUCACAGGCGCUGGUGCCAGCACACCUGGGUAUCGCAGGAUCCCUCAGGGCCAGAGGUGGGGAUCAGUGUCCGUACCCUGGGGGUUUCGCACCUGCAAGGUGGGGCUCCUGGAGGACCAGCGCAGUUUUCUUUACCUGUCCGGGCCUCACCUGGUGGCCAGCUUGGAGGUGGCGGUUGGAGGCGUACCAAACCUUCUUGGGUCCCCCUUCUUACGCCCCGCCCUGGGGGUGGGGGGUGCGCGGGUGGGCGUGGGGCGCCCAGGACCGGCCGGACCUGUGGGACCCGGGGCCCCGGCUGUCUGCGGAUCCUGUCACCUCGAGAAGGCAGGUUCUUCCGGGGCUGGGACGGCUGUGGGCGGCGGGAUGCCUCGGUGCCUGCAAACUCAUAAAUACCGCAACCACACUGGUGGCUGGAGACGCGCGUGCGGGCAGGUGGCGCCCCGGAGGCAUCUGGAAAACCAUCCCCUUGAAGACCUCCCUACCAUCCUGCCUCCCUCCCAGUGACACUGCCUGAUCCCGGUUCAUUCUCCACCCCCACCCCCACCCCAGCCACCAUGUACCCACUUCAUCCCUGCUGGUCCUGCUGCUGUCUGCUCCUGUUUUUCUCCCUGGGAGUCCAGGAGGUCCCCAAGGAACCCAGUGCUGCCCCCGAGCAAAUCCACCUGUCUUACUCAGGUGAGCCAGGCUCCAUGACUGUAACCUGGACCACAUGGGUCCCAACCGACUCUGAAGUGCAGUUCGGCGUGCAGUUAACUGGGCCUCUGACCUUCCGGGCCCAGGGCACUGUCAGCCCCUUUGUGGAUGGGGGCCAUCUCCGGCGGAAGCUCUAUAUACACCGAGUCACCCUGCAAGGGCUGCUGCCAGGGAUCCAGUAUGUUUACCGCUGUGGCAGUACUCAAGGCUGGAGCCGUCGUUUCCGCUUCAGGGCCCUAAAGAAUGAGCCCUACUGGAGCCCCCGCCUGGCUGUAUUUGGGGACAUGGGGACUGAAAACCCGAAGGCCCUACCUCGGCUGCGCAGGGACACCCAGCAGGGCAUGUACGAUGCUGUUCUCCAUGUGGGAGACUUUGCCUACGACAUGCAUCAGGACAACGCUCGUAUCGGGGACGCGUUCAUGCGGCUCAUUGAACCUGUGGCCGCCAGCCUGCCAUACAUGACGUGCCCUGGGAAUCACGAGGAACGCUACAACUUCUCUAACUACAAGGCUCGCUUCAGCAUGCCGGGGGACAAUGAAGGCCUGUGGUACAGCUGGGACCUGGGCCCUGCGCACAUCAUCUCUUUCUCCACUGAGGUAUAUUUCUUCCUCCAUUAUGGCCGCCACAUGGUAGAGAGACAGUUUCACUGGCUGGAGAGAGACCUCCAGAAAGCCAAUGAGAACCGGGCAAACCGGCCGUGGAUUAUCACCAUGGGUCACCGGCCCAUGUACUGCUCCAAUGCUGAUUUGGAUGACUGUACCUGGCAUGAAAGCAAGGUCCGCAAAGGCCUCUUCGGCAAGUUAUUUGGAUUGGAGGAUCUUUUCUACAAAUACGGGGUCGACCUGGAGCUCUGGGCACAUGAACACUCGUACGAACGGCUGUGGCCAAUUUACAACUACCGGGUAUUUAACGGCAGCCGAGAGAUGCCCUACAACAACCCUCGAGGCCCUGUCCACAUCAUCACAGGAUCUGCAGGCUGUGAGGAGCGGCUGACUCGCUUCACCCUCUUCCCACGGCCUUGGAGCGCUGUGCGCGUGAAGGAAUAUGGGUACACACGGCUACACAUCCUCAACGGGACCCACAUGCACAUCCAGCAGGUGUCCGAUGACCAGGAUGGGAAGAUUGUGGAUGAUGUCUGGGUGGUGAGACCUUUGCUCAACAGGAUGAUGUACCUCUAGGGAUGGGGCAGCUCUCAUCAGGAUCCCUGGGCCUCGCUGCCUUGGCUGGUGUGACCAGUCACUGCCCAGGCCCACCUGGGAAGUCAGGGCAGGCCUUGACUCUUCUGUUCUCCUGAGGCCCCAUGUAGAUGAACGCAGCCUUGAGGGCUGGGGCAGCUCUCCCCUCCAGGAGAGGUGGAGGUCCCAGCUGGCUGUGUUGGAGGGCAGGUGUGGACACAGACACAGACAUAGACACAGUUGGAUGGCACAGCCCUGCCUUUCUGCAUAGCAAUGAUUGGGGGGGGGCACCUGUGGGGCCUCGGGAAUAAAGAGGCUUAAGGCUGUGGCUCCGUCGACUCCGCACUUCUGCUGGGGAUGCCCACUGGGGCACCCCUCUCCUGCUGCAAGAGCAAGAGGCAUCACCAGCUUCAAGUCAGCAAGGUGGCCAUGGCCAUCAUGACACAGCCCUCCAGCAGGCGAAUUGGUGACUUUCUCCCCUUUGGCCGUCCCUUCAUGUGCCAACGGCCCAAAGAGUGAUAACCAGUGUUCCUUUUUCCUCAGUUUCCCAACCUGGCACUGACUAAUCCUGGAAGGGAGGUGUUAACACUCCUGCCUCCCAGCUAGCGCAGGUGACAAGACUUAGGUGCUCACAGACCUGCUGUUUUCCUCCCAUUUCCUUCUUUUUCUGUUUCUCUUCUUCCUUUCGUUUAUUCAACCAUUAUUUAUUAAGUAUCUACCAUGUGCCAGGCCCCCUGUUCUUAGUAAUGGGGAGACAACCAUGAAAAGGACAGAGACCUCUCCCCUUGUGGAGCUGACAUUCUAUCCAGGAUGUUGGACAGCGAACACAAUAAAGAAGUAAAAUGU